CGGCGGCGGCGGAUUUUUUUUUUGGUGUGUGUGUGCUUGUGUGUGUGUGUGUCGGUUCAACGCUCGCUCGCUCGGUGGUUAGAAACGACUGGCGGGGCGGACAUGGAGGGGCUCGGGAAAAACGCUGGGAAGUGACCGAAAAGAAGCACCGAAACGAGAGGAGAGAGAGAGAGAGAGAGAGAGAGAGAGAGGGGGGAGAGAAAAAAAAGAGACGGAGUUGCAAGGAAGGAAGGAAGGAAGGAAGGAAGGAAGGAAAGGAAGGAAGGAGGUGAGAAGUCUUGACAGAGGAAGAGUGUGAAGAAGAAGAAGAAGAAGAAGAAGAAGAAGAGGCUCGUCUGGAAGCAGCCAAGGAUCCUAAGGAGUGAGCCCUGGGCUGGAUGGGACCCACCAUGCCCCCCAGUAAGAAGGCCCAGAGCCCCAGUAGUGGAGCCAGUGCCUCGCAGGGCAUGAGCCCGCCGUACCGGCAGGGGGAUGCCGCCACGGCGGCGUCCGAGGCCGAGGCGGCCGACCUCUCCCUUUCCCUGUCUGCCUCCUUCUCCAAGGCCGAGGACGAGGAGCUCACCAGCCUCUCCUGGCUCCACGAGAGCACCGACCUCCUCAACAGCUUCAGCCACUCUGGGCUGCGUAGCGUCUCUCCUCUGCAGGACCCCGACGGUCAGCACCCCCGCUCGCCCUCCUCCUCGUCUCCUUCCCCGGACGACCCCCUGCUCGGGGAUGCACACUCUGCGUACGACUUGGCGGCAGGCGCCAACCGGAAACCUCCGUACUCCUUCAGCUGCCUGAUCUUCAUGGCUAUUGAGGACGCACCAAACAAGCGGCUGCCGGUGAAGGAUAUCUACGGCUGGAUUCUGGAGCACUUCCCUUACUUUGCAAGCGCCCCUACAGGCUGGAAGAACUCAGUGCGCCACAAUCUGUCGCUCAACAAGUGCUUCAAAAAGGUGGAUAAAGAUCGCAGCCAGAGCAUAGGCAAAGGCUCUCUGUGGUCCAUAGAUCCGGAGUAUAGGCACAACCUGAUCCAGGCGCUGAAGAAGACGCCGUAUCAUCCCUACUCGCCCGGCCUGGCCACCCCCUCCACCUCCCCACCCACCCUACCACAGACAUUUCACCACAGUCCUCCAUUGUGGUCGGGGAGUCCCCUCUUCAGAAAGAACGGAGGAGUUCUCCUACAAGUUCCUCGCGGUGUGAUCCAAAAUGGCGCCCGUGUCAGGAGCCAGGCCCUCUUCCCUGUUAUCAGACCCCUACCUGUAAGCCCUGUGGGGAGCAGAACCUCGGCCAUAAGAUCAUCCCUGGGAGAUUAUCUGAGCCGAGGACAGGACAGCCCAUCCCGCUACUCUCCUCCGCCCUGCAGCGAGGACCUCCAGGACGACCACACCUACAGCACCGCCAAAUCCCCCAGCAGGCUGUGCUCCUCCCAGGUCGCCGCCCCUUCCUCCCCGCUGGACGACGACGACAUCAUCGCCGUGGAGAUCCAAUCAGACGUCAAACCCGAGCCCCGGGAGAUCCCACUGGAUUCUCACAUCACCACUGCCGCCACUACUACCUACAUUUCCCAGCAGCCCCUGCGCGGACAGAGACGUAGUUCGGGGGCGGGAGCUGGGACUCUGGCGGGGAGCAGUUUGCCCUGGACCAAAAACCGAGCGAGGGGCAUUAGCGACACGCUGCCGCUGAAGAAGCGGCGCGCGGCGGCGGUGGAGAAGCCGCCGGAGAGCGACGACGAGGAGAUGAAGGAGGCGGCGGGGUCGCUGCUCCACCUGGCGGGGGUCAGAGCCUGCCUCAACAACAUCACAAACCGCACCGCCAAGGGCCAGAAGGAGCAGAAAGAGGCCCUGAGAAACUAAGACACACACACAUAGAACAAAUACAUAGUCAUGCAAAACGCACACAGCUCAAAGCACGCACACACAUUAACACACAGACACAUAUACAACACACACACAAAUAGGUCAACAGGUAACGUUACUACAGCAUUAGUCUCAACGGACACUUGUCAUCUCCCUCUAUCUAUCUGCAGGGCAUUAGGUGAAUCCUACUUAUUUGUGGCAAUAUCAAAAAUCUAUGUUUUCCUACAUGUUCAGCAACACUAACAUCAUUGGGUAUUUCUCAUGUGUCUUUGUUGUUUUUGUUGUUUAAAAGGGGAUGAAAGCCAUACAAAAAAAAAAGAAAAAAAAAAAAGUUAAAAUAAAGCAUGUUUUGUCACUAAUUUGGACAAGUCGAACACGACAAAACCGAGUCACAUCGAGGAGCCGUACAGUGCAGGAACGAGAAGAUGGCUGUUUGUCUUACCUGUUUGUUUCUAUGUGAAUCUGUAGCAAUCUUGCAGUGAUGCCGGCGACGACGGCUCGAGCCGACGAGACCCCAGCCUAUUCAACAAGACUUAGAGCUCUCUCGGCCCCGCUCACUAGCAUCACUCUCCUACAUCCACGAGCACAAAUGUGAGACUGUGCCAAAGAAUAAAGCGACCAGGUUGCUUCAUGUAGCCGAUACGACAGCUUGACGAGACAAGGAAGAAAAAAAAAACCUUCCCCCCCAAAAAAAAAACCACACAAAAAAGAAACGAAGGCAUAGUAGUAAAGAGCUAGAAGAGAGAGUGACCUUAAGUGUCAAACUAAAUGUAAAACCCAAUGUGAUAUAUAUUCAUGCACUUAAGAUCAUUUUUACGCCACUUAUAAUAAAAGCAUCAUGGGUAAAGACAUGGUUUAUUUCAAGAGCACUCAUAGUAUUUAAGAAUAAAUAUAUUAAAAUAAAAAAAAUGGUCAUGUUUAUCACCAUAGAGAUGGAUAGUGUGCCGGGUCUGAGGCAAUAUCUCCUUCAUUUUGUUGUUGUUGUUGCAUAAUGUAAACGUCCCUAAAACUCCCCCCCCACCCCCACCCCCCAGUACUUCUGUCCAUAGACGUAGACACCUGGUAUAGAUAUCAUAGCUACCAGUAGCUACCACACCUUCCUAUUCAUUUGACAAUGUCAAAGAACUAUAUACAUAAACUGUGGGUUUAGAUUUCUGUUUGUGUCUGUUUACCCUCACUCUACCCUCAUAAAGAUAUAAGCAAUUUGUCCCGUGUGGACAACUCUGUAAAAAGGUUAGAAAAUAUUUUAUUUUUUUCCUUUCUUAAUUGAAGCAAUUUGACCUGCAGGACUUUCUCAGUUAUAUUGCAUGGGUGCUUGUAAAUAAGAUAAAAAGCAAAUCUUUUUUAUUCAAAGAUCAUGUAAGAUAAACGAUGUAUUUAGCAUGAAGCAUGACUUAUUUUCAUAUAAACCUUGAUCCUAGAGGAAAGAAAAAAAGUUUUGCCGCCAAUUCUUAUACCCGUGAUUAUAUUGGAGGUUUUUUUUUCUUUUCUUUUCUUUUCUUUUUCUUUUCUUUUUUUUUCUUCGAAUCUUUUGGGUUCUCUUUUCUGAGCGGGGCUUUCAAAGACACGUCUUCAGGGAGGAACGUGGGAGAUCACUCUGCAAUUAGAGGCCCCCGAGGGUGCCACCUCUGGGCUUCGGGUUCAGGCUAUGUAGGCCGGCUGAAUCACCUCUUAGGGGUGGGCUUCCAUCUUCUUCUGCCUGUACAGUGAUUUUUUGGUGUUCAAUGUUAACCCCAGUGUUAUUUCAGAACACGUCUGUGGAGUGUGUGAGUUUGUGUGCCCAGGAACACACACCCUUUAACAUUGUGCCUGCCUGCCUGCCUGCCCUCAGUACCUCUGUUGUCACGACAGAACUGUCUUUAUUUAUAACAGUAUUGUUUUUUUUUGUUUUUUUUUCUUCUCCAGUGUGUAAAUGUACAUGUGUCCUUACUUUCCAUCGACAUUGUUCAGUGUAAAUGUUUGAAUCAGACGGGCAUGGAGGGGAAAAACUCUCCUGAAAGAACCUCAUAUCUCCAAAAAGGCUACUCGGGAGGAACUGAAACGCAGCGUCACAAGUUUGUUUUUUCUAAUUUACAUACAGUAUUUUUUAACCCUUUGGUGAAUGGAAUUAGUUGCAUACAGUGUCAAGAGCCCAGUGUGGAGAUCAGAGGUUAUAUUUUAUGUUUGUUUUUUUUUUACCUUUUGCCACUCUGCAAGCUGUGUCUCACUAAGGGUCAUGAAAACACUAAUUUGAAAUUCACAAGGGCAGCAGUGAGCUUCUUUGCAUCUGAGGUGAUUAUAGAUGCUGCAUUAAAGAGUUCAUUUCCCCUCAUUUGCAGAGAUGUUUUUCAAAAUAAGAGCAGCUUCACAGGUGAAAUCAAGGGUUGUAGCAGCAGAGUCAGACAAGGUUUUGUUAAAGCUGAGUAGACGCUGAGCGAUUGUCAGCGAGCCAAGCAGGAAAACAAAUGCAUGUCCCAUCCACUGGUACAGUCUUUUGCCACCUGUAGCAUGCAUCACUGGCUUUGCAUUUUGUAUGGUAUCCAUGCCGACAUAUAAAAAAAAGGCUAAAAGGAGACACUGUCAGUGUUCUUGUUGUGUGCCAUCCGUCUCUCGUCUGAUAUCUGUCUGAGUGCUCCCGUGGCCCAGGUCAAGCACUCUGCUGUACUUGAUGUAACAACCCACCGUUGUGGUGACUAGUAACGUGUUCAGUUGGCAAGAGGCAUGUCGAAAGGGAGAAUGUGUUGCUUUGGCAACUGCUUUUUUGUUUCCUCUGACUCAGUGACAGAUGAACUCCUGACCUAUGAGUCCUGGAAAAAAAAAACACAAAAAAAACACACAAAAAAAGAAAGAAAACAGAGCAGCACAUAAAAUAUACCAAGGACAUUUUAAAGCAAAGAAAAUAACACUUCACUGCCUGAAAAAGCCCCAUAAAACAAGUGUUUCUUGCAAACCUGCCAAACGUACGACGAAAUGCUCUAAAAGAAAUAGUUGCCAUUUUUUUUUAUUUGUCGAUGUUUUUAAUGCAGCCUUUUUAUUUUCUGUUUUGCUUUUUUUUUGCUCUCUGACAAAAUUAUCUACAAUACUGCCAUUCUUUUUUUUUCGGUGACUGUCUGAGCUGAAUAUUGGAAAGCCAUAGGUUAGAGAUGUCAAAAUGCAAAACUGUUAUUGAUCUGUGAGAUGUGAUGCAGAGUUACACCCAGGUGUUGGUUUUUUUUUGUUUGUUUUGUUUUUUUUCUUUUCAGUAAAUGUUCAAUUUUCUCCUUAUUGUGCAAUCAUAUUGCCAAAGAAUGAUUUCAAGACCUAUUUCAUCACUACAUGUAAAUAUCAACGUUGUCCAAUACCGUGGCAAAAAAUAUAUAAAUGUUGUUUUAUUUUGUUUUCCAUUUUCUGAAAAACUACAAUGAUGUUUAUGUGAUGUAUUGUCUUCCAGUUGGUUGCAAUAAUAAAAAAUACAAGUUGCAGAAGA